UGAUCUUAGUGGGCACUCAGCACACAGUGAACGAUCAGUUUUUGGUAGGACGCGUCUCUCUUCUCAUCGCGAGUAAGACGCUCGCGAAGAAAACCGUAUAUGGAAGUUUUCCCGUUUUUAUUCUUAUUUUAACGUAUCGACUUCAAGAAAAGGCCGCGAUUAGUUUCUGCAUUUUUUAAAUAAUCACAAAAUAAUUGCAAGAAUUUAUCGCUCGUUAAAGAAAGAAGCUUAUAUUUGAUCAAUACAUAAUCGACAUGGCCAAUCUUAUACGAUUUAUAGUCAGCAAUUAUAAUGACCUUUUAAAAAAUGUUAAAGAUCCAUUAGUAGACACCUGGCCUUUAAUGAGAUCUCCAGGUCCUCUACUAUGUAUUAUCGGUACAUAUUUGAUAUUCGUGUUGAAGGCUGGACCAAAAAUGAUGGAAAAAAGGUCAGCCUUUCAGCUGAAUACCGUUAUGAUUGUAUAUAACGCGUUUCAAGUGGUCUUCAGUAUAUGGUUGACAUCUUUGAUGUUGAAUGUCAAUAUUAAACAUUUAUUUUCUUAUCAUGGAUGCGGUUUUCAUUUUCUGCCUGAUUCAGAAACCAAACAUGUACAAGCAGCGUUAUCACGAGGCGCAUGGUGGUAUUUCUUCGCAAAAAUCAUCGAACUCCUGGACACGGUAUUCUUCGUUCUGAGGAAAAAGCAAAAUCAGGUCACUUUUCUUCAUGUUUAUCAUCACACCAUAACAGCCAUUUUCUCAUGGUGCUACUUGAAAAUAUUACCUGGCGAACAAGGUAUAAUCGUAGGUUUCUUAAAUUCCGCAGUCCACAUUAUUAUGUACAGUUACUAUUUUAUCGCGGCACUUGGCUCCAAGUACAGAAAAUAUCUCUGGUGGAAAAAAUAUAUGACUUGCAUUCAACUGAUACAAUUUGGAAUAAUGUUAUUCUACUUAAUACUAACAUUGGCCAUGGAUUGCCGAAUGCCGAAGAUUCUGACCUACUUCUUCCUAACGAACGUAAUAAUCUUUAUUUAUUUAUUCAGCAACUUUUAUCGAAAAACGUAUAAGACAAAAACGGCUUAAUAAUAAAAAUUGAUCUCGCAAAUAGUUGAUAAAAAAAUAUGAAAUUAUUUUUGCCCAUAAAUAAAUAUAUUUACUUCUAAAAUUUUUAAUAACAAGCUCUUAUUUUAGCAAAAUGUUAAGAUAUAUUUUGACAAAAUGUAUAGCUUAUAGUGCAGCAAUCUUCUAUAAUUGUAUCAUCCACUUCUACAAUGAAAAAUGAUAUGUGUGUAUAGAUGUACAUAAAUAUAUAAGAUUAACGAUAUAGAAAA